GCUACCCCAGUUGGUGGUGGGUGUACUCAAUACAAGUUCAGACAAGAGGACAGGAUGUAACCGAAUCUAACUCACAAGCAGCCGCCUCUGGCCGCGGAACGAUCCGAAAGUAGAAACGUAGCUGGAUUUUAUUUGGGAUUUGCUUUUCAAACGUUAAAGAUAUUGAAAGACAGAGAGAGAGAGAGAGAGAGAGAGACCCGCUGCGUGAUCCUCAGCAGCGGCAGCUGAUGUAAAUACCAAGGCGGAAGAGAUACUUGUGGAUAAGCAUCGAGUCGAGCUGAUCCAGACAGUGACCAGCAUUACAGUUUUGGAUGGACUCCUCACAUAGGAUGUUAUCAAUAAUAAAAAAAAAAAAGUUAUGAUAAAAUCAUGUGUAUCCCUUUAGUGGGCCUUUGAAAUCCAGUGGAGGUCAAGAAAAAAAGAUUUUCUACAACAUCCUUACCUGAAGAGAACGGAGUAUGGGGAACAGCACGGGUAAAGUGCCAGUGAGUAAAUCCGUACUUACAUGAAGCGUUCUAAUGGAAGUGUGUAUAGUGUAGGCUUUUAGCUUUUGAGACUCAAUUGGUGGAUACAACUGAGAAUCAAAUUUUAAGUGAAUAUGAGUUCUUGCCUUCUGUGAAGCACUUUGUAACAUGGGUUUAGAAAAUUGAUCUGUAAAUAAAGAUUAUUACAAUAUAAAGUGUGAAAAAACCCAACCGGUAAUUUUAACUACACUUUCCUGCUUUGGAAAAUGUUCUGCCAGGAUCAAUUCUUGGACCUGUUUAACUGAAAAUCUACAUGUUCCGUCAUAUACUCAUUCUCAUCAUAUCCUACUGUCUGUCUCUAAAGUCCAUAAUGAAGUGGGGGGGGGGGGUGUUUUACGUUUGCUGCUCCCUCUGUUGCAAAAUUACCUGAAACUCAGAGAGCUGGCCUCACUGGAUGAAUUGAAGUAAUUUUAAAUGACUUGGAGGCAGGCACAUAUUACUGUAGAUGUUUUGUCUGAUUCAUAUAGCCCCUGUUUGAUCCCUGAUGUUGCUGACUUGUGAUGAAUAUUUGAUAAAUAUUUUUGAUGUUGAGUUUCUGUAAUUUAUUCUUUAUUUUUAUUGUAGAUUGGGUUACGUAUGUCUGAAACUCUGUUUAUUGUGCUUCUGCCCAUCUUUGCCAGGACGCUCUUGUAAAACAGAUUUUUAAUCUCAUUGGGACUGUUCCUGGUUAAAUGAAGGUUAAACAAACAAACAAAUUAUAAAACAGCGUUGCCAUAAAUUCUCUGAAACUCUACUGGAGAGAUUAACACAUACCAAAUGAUAUUCCCUCAUUUGGGGUUUUGAUGAUGAUGAUGUUGGCGGAGAGCGCUGUCUAACACUUCAGUCCAAAUUCUCCCGCAGAAAAAAAGAUGGUUAAGAAGCUGCUUGCCAAAACACUGGAUAAAUUGAGCUCGGAGGAGCUCCACGCAUUCUUGUCACUCUUGGACCUGGAGAGAGAUUUCCCAUUCAUCUGGAGGCGCCAACUGAGAGUGUCAAACACGCAGGAGGUAGCGGAGCUGAUGGUGAAGACGUGUGGCCAAGAGUGUUUGGACAUCACCAAAAAGGUUUUAAAGAUGAUGAAAAGGACUGAUCUGGUGCAAAGAUUGUCGGACAUGAGCACAGAAAUCGAAGACCAACACUCUUGGGAUGAACAGCAGUGUACUCUGAUCCAGAAAGAAGAAACGAUGGCGUCUGUUAUAGAGCUGCUUUUGGAAACGCUGGCUGAUUUGAGCGACAGGGAGAUCAAGAAAUUCAAUCUCCGCCUCAAGAGACAAACUCAAGGUCACAAACCUCACUCAGACGUCCCGUUGAAGGUGCUGGAGGUAGGGGGCGUGCGGGGGACAGUGUUUUUUAUGGUGCAGACUUUUGGCCAACAGUCUGUGGAGAGGGCCAAGGAGAUUUUAAAGAAGAUGAAGAGGAAUGAUCUGGUGCAGAGACUGUCAGACAGCAGCUCAGGACCCACAAAAAAACACCCUGUGGAUGAACUACUUUCUGUACCGAUGCACAAAAUGGGAACAAUGCCAGCUGUUAAAGAGCUGCUUUUGGAAAGCCUGAAUAAUUUGAGUCACAGUGAGCUUGAGAAAUUCAGGUGGAUCCUGCAGCUCACUUAUUUCCAGAAGGGCUAUCCACAAAUCGAAAGGGGACAACUGCUGUUGGCAGCCAAGGCAAAUCAACUGUUGGAUUUGAUGGAGGAGAGGCAUGGCCCGCAGUCUCUGAAGGUGACCAUGGAGGUUUUCAGGGACAUGAACAGGACUGAUCUGGUGCAGGGGCUGUCAGAGACCAGCUCAGGACUCAAAGCUUUGGGAGCAUCAGCUGAAGUUUUUGGAGUGAAUACUACAGAGGGAGAGAAACGCUCUGUAUAUAAAUGCUGUUCUGCACUGGUCCAGGAAGAAAAAACGAUGGUGUCUGUUAUAGAGCUGCUUUUGGAAACGCUGGCUGAUUUGAGUGACAGGGAGAUCGAGGACUUCAAGAUACUCCUCCUGAAGCGAAUUCGCCGUCAGAAACCUCACUUAGACAUCCCGUGGUGGCUGCUGAAUAUAGCAGGCGUGAAAGACACAGUUUUUUUAACAGUGCAGACUUUCAGCCAACAGUCUGAGGAGGUGACCAUGGAGAUUUUAGAGGAAAUGCAGAGGACAGAUCUGGUGCAGAGACUGUCAGACAGCAGCUCAGGACUCACAAAGAAACACUCUGUAGAUGAACAUCGUUUUGGGCUGAUCCAGAAAGUGGCAACAAUGGCAGCUGUUAAACGGCUGCUUUUGAAAACCCUGGAUAACUUAGGUAAAGGGGAGUUUGAGAAAUUCCUGAAGUGGAUUGUCCCUAACAUUGGCCAAGAAGACAUUUCAAGGAUGUUAAACAAAAGUGCUGACAGGGAAAACACAGUGGAUCUGAUGGUGGAGAACCACGGCCGGCAGUGUGUGGAGGUGAUCAGGGAGGGUUUAAAGGAUUUGAAGACGAUAGAUCUGGUGCAGAAGUUUUCAGAGACCAGCCCAGGACCCAAAGAGAAACGGCUGUCUUUGCAACUCCAGAAAGAAGAAGCCAUGAAUGUUAAAGAGGAACUUCUGGAAGCACUGGAAGAUUUAGAUUCUAGUGAGCUCGAGCUAUUCAAUUGGCUCCUCAUCAGUGGCUCUAUUCGAGCCACUGAAACAAAGAGAGGCCUCCCAAGAAUCCAAAAACACGGAAUGGAGACGCCACAAAGAGCUAACAUAGUGGAGUGGAUGCUGCAGACAUACGGAGAAAACUCUCCGGAGGUGACCAUGGACAUUUUAAGGACAAUGAAGGGGAGGGAUGUGGUGCAGAGAUUGUCAGAGACCAGCUCAGGAUCCAAAGGACCUUCGAGACGCUUGGAGCUUGAGGGUUGUGGAAGCACUAUGAAAUCCAGCGACUGGACUAAACUUGAUCCUGAAGUGAUCAGUACAGAUGCAGAUGAGAGUCCAACGUACAGUCUACAGUCUGAAGCCGGAAACUUUGAAUGCAGUGUCUCUAACUUACACUGGCUCUGCGAGGAAAAAGUCAGCUUCAAGUACAAGUUUAUCUCUUGGGAGGGACACGUGGAGAGGAUGGAAAGCAUACAGUACAUGCCCGCAGGUCCCCUAAUGGAUAUCACAGUCAUUGCUGGGAAGUUAGAUAUAGUGUACCUGCCACACUGGAUAUGCAUAGAUGACAACCCAACAAUAUUAGAUAAGUUUGCAGUCCUACACAUAGAUGACUGUGGAGAUGUUGUGGAAAAAGUGUCUGAGGUCACACCUUCCCAUGUCAAGUUACCUGAACCAAGUUUCUCUCCGAGAGCGGUCCUGAUGAAAGCCGGCUUUCCUGUGAAAAUUAACUGUAAAGUGUUAAUAUAUAAGACCAACACAGCUUUCCUCACACUCCAUGUUUAUCUGAUCCCAUGUGAUCCUGGUCUGCAACAGACAAUGGACAAGAGGGCAUUAUCCUAUGGAUACAAAAUAAUCCAUAAACCACAUCCAGAGAAGUCUCUGAAAAUGCAAGAGCGUUUCAUCCUAAAAGCAGAAUUGGACGGUGCAGAAAUUUGUCCUGAAAUGUUAAAGCUCAGAUAUGAAAGCAGAGAGCCAAAUUUCUUUGAAAUGUUCGUUGAAAAUCCGUGCAGAAACUUCAAGCUCACUCUCAUCCAAAGAGAUCAGUUUCAGCCAGUAUGGACCUGUGUAAUUCGAAAAGAGGAAUACCAAAGCACUGGCCAUACACAAGGAGGGCACUUUGUGGAUGAACACCAGUGUGACCUGAUCGACAGAGUGAGCAACAUAGGACCAAUCUUGGAUAAUCUUCUGACAGAUGGUGUAAUCCAAAGAGAAGAAUAUGACCAAAUCAGGGCUAUCCCGACCACUCAGGAGAGGAUGAGGAAACUCUAUGCUGGCCCCCUGAAAGCUGGGGGACAUGAAAGCAAAGACAUUUUCUACAAAAUCCUUGAAGAGAAGGAGCCGUGUCUUGUUGCUGAUCUCAGGAGGAAGGAGUCAUAAAUGCUGUGACUAUGGUUAAAUGUGCUUUUUUGACCAAAAAGACUCUCGCUACCUGAACCUGAUAUUUUUUAUACGCCAACAGAACAAUUUUACAACCUUUAUCUUUUAUAUACUGUACAAAAAAAUCAAGUAUUUUUAAUAAACUACAAACUCUGUGACAAACGCUAA